AUGUCCAAUUCAGAUGGUAAAAGUCACUGUAUGUUGACAACGAAACCAGAGAGGGUGGUUGAUUAUAAGAUCGUGCUUUUAGGAGAAACAUCUGUGGGAAAGUCGAGUAUUCUAGAACGAUUACAAAAUGAUACAUUUAAUGACAGCAAAUCCUCCACAAUAGGCGCUGCAUUUAUAUCCAAGAAAGUGAUUAAAAACGAAACCGACCUCAUUAAUCUACAGAUAUGGGAUACUGCUGGUCAAGAAAGAUUUCAUAAUCUAACACCCUUGUAUUAUAGAAAUUCAAAUGCGGCUAUUAUAGUUUUCGAUUUGACAAAUUUGGAGAGUUUCAAAAAAGCUGAAUACUGGAUAGGGGAGUUAAAUGAAUAUAUAGAAGCUGAUGGAGGAGAUAUGAAAAUUAUACUUGUGGGCAAUAAACUUGAUCUUUUGGAAAAUGGGGAAUGCAGAUACGAGGAGGAGAUAAGAAGUUUCUUAGAAAAUCAUAAGGAAAUUGCCCAAUUUUUUAGAGCAAGUGCUAAGAACAAUAUAAUGAUUAGAGAAAUAUUUGAAUACAUCACCGAUGGUAUAGAUGCUUCGAUGUUCAAUAAAUUUCUUGAGGAUUCUCACAACAAGGGUGAUUUGAUAGAUUUAAAUUUUAACGUAGGAACAUCAGCAGCAUCCUCCUGCCAAUGUUAA